UCCCCAGCAGAGGGCAGCAUCGGGCGCAGCGCUUCUCCCAGCCCUCGAGCAGCCUGCGCUGUCAGGAUCACUCCUCUGAAAGCCAUGAAGGGCUCGCCUGACCUGAUUCCCUCUGCAGAUGUGGAUCCGAGCAGAGUGUCCAAAGGAAAAGGAGUCGUCACCCUGAGGGCCACCCUCGUCCACAUCGACGACGAAGGCUGCAUCAGCGAUGAGCCAAAUGUCAUCUCCAUGCCAAGAGGCUGGACGAGCCAGAUUAAUGGAGACGGCUCUAAAGCGGGGCUGGCUGAAGGAGGCAACAACAACCACUCAGCUGAUUUACCUCCUGUAAACAACACCCAGUGCCAGGCAAUUUUGCCCGAAAGCAUAAAAGAAAAUCAGGCUCCAGCUUCCGCUGACGUCCGCAACUGUGUGGCAGCAGCGCCGAGCUGCGUUUACCCGUCCACCAGCGCGGUGAACCCCACCAUCGUCCUGCUGCAGCACAGCAGAGAGCAGCAAAAGCACCUGUCUCAUUUGGAAGAGCCGGCCCCAGAGAGGGACAAAAGCCCCGGCCCCGGGAGGGACUCGGCCAGUCCGGUCCCUGACAUGGACGGGAAGAGGCUGAGGCUGUCUCUGCACUCGCCCGUCCUCGGUCCUCUCAACAAGCCCAUUGUGCCUGUUCGGAACACUGAAAAAUCCAAAGACUGGUAUAAGACAAUGUUCAAGCAGAUCCAUAGGAUACCUGAGGCCAUUGAGGAAAACCCAUACCGCCCCACCUACAUUUUCCCUGAGAACUAUGACAUUCACAUGAGAUCAAAAGGCGAUGGUCCCACGCCCUACAGCUACUUGGAAGAUGUGAAAGCGGUCCCACGCUCCAAAAGCGACGACGAGGUGGAUUCUCGAGGCCGGUCGAUGCCGGUGCCGACGCGGUCGUCCUCCCUCAGACCUGCUGCCAAAAGGAACGAGUGGGAGCCCCCGGAUAAAAAGGUAGACACCAGGAAGUACCGCGCCGAGCCCAGGAGCAUCUUCGAGUACGAGCCGGGGAAAUCGUCGGUGCUGAAGCUGGAGAGAACGACUCAGGAUGUAAGUCCAGAAGAUGUAGAUUUAGAGAAUGAGCCUUGGUAUAAAUUCUUUUCAGAGAUGGACUUUGACAAAGCGAGUGCCCCCUCUUUCAGCCCCCUGGAAACAGCUUCCGACCUACAGCAGUACUCCUCGAGCAAGUCUGGGCACAGCGAGGUGGAGAAGGACAGAGGAUCGUCCCCCAGCGAGCCCGCGGCUCCAGAAUGCGACCGCCAUGUUUACAAGAGCGUCCUGGAGGGCGGUGACAUUCCCUUACAAGGUCUACGGGCCCUAAACAAGCGCCAAGGCAGCUCCUCCUCCUCUAAAGUGGAUUAUAAAGGUGGGAAUGGCUAUAUGAUUUCACCCUGCUCCUCUGUAAAUAGUCGAUCGGUUCUUGCCAGUAAUGCAAUAGGUAACCAGUGUAAGAGUAAGAAGCCUCUGUCUGCUGCCAAAGCCUGCAUUCCCCAAAUCCUGCCCUCUAAGUUCAAGCCCAAGCUGCUGCCACCCGGUGGCGACAACGAGGACAGCAGGACUCACGCUGCCCGGCAGCCCAAGGCCCACAGCUGCGAGGACCUGUACACGGGGCCGUGCGAUGGAGACGGCGCCGGGGCGGAGGGGGGCGAGCAGGGCGUCGACGGCCUGACGAGUGCCUCCCCCGCCGUCAGGAGGAGCGCGUCCGAGUUCUCCAGCCUGUACAGGACCAUGCACCUCAUCCAGCGCCCCAGCUCGGCCGGCUGCAGCCCGCACGGCAGCGUCCGCAGCCUGGCCUCGCUCUUCGAGAAGGCAAAGUCCGAGGCGGGCGAUCGGUCGGAGGCGGACGGCGGGGGCGGCAUCCCUCGGGACGCCGUGUCGUCGCGGGUCAACGAGUUCGAAAUCAUCAUCCAGCGGUCCAGCUCGGCCCCCAGCCGCUCCUCCUCGCUGCCCACCUUGCACUCGGGCCACGGCCACAGCCCGAACCUCAGCCCCGCCCACCUCUACAUGCCAUCCGCCGUGUCAGCAGAGUCCCUGUUGAUGGCCGGCGCCACGCAGACAGAAUUCCGCUCCCAAGUGGAGCCGGAGGGCAAAAGCACAGCGGAGGAGGCCCCGUCGCCGGGCGGGGCGGAUGUGGAGGAGGCCGCCUGCUCCUCGGCGGACGGACAGAACACCCGGACUGGUUCCCCCUGUAACACGGAGGCCGAGGUGGAGCAGAUCUUCAGCAGAAUGUCCCCAGAACUGAGCCCCCGUCACGCCACCGGCUCCAGGAGUCCCUCCACUCAGCUGACGCAGUCUCCUCCUCAACACGGCCACCUCCACCACCACCACCACCACCACCUGCUGCACCACCUGAACCAUCAGCUGCUCCUCAAACCCAGUAAAUGUAAAGGCUCCUGCCCGGCCUCCUACACCCGCUUCACCACCAUCCUCAGGCACGAGAGGCAGCAGGCCACCACCCAGCAGGAGAGGCCGCCCCCCUCGGAGAGGAAGACGCUGCCCGGGAACCUCUUCCUCAUGGGCCCCGCCCCCUUCAGGUUACGGAAGAGCCCGCAGUCCCAGCAGGCCCGGCGGACGCUGCUAGCCACCAGGGUGCCGAUGGGCACCCAGAGGCCCGGCAGCCCGUCCCCGGAGCCCAGACCUCUGAUCCCUCAGCGCCUGUCCUCCCUGGAGGUUCUGGAGAGGCUGAGUAACGGGGAGGGAGGCGACAGUGACGGCCUGAGUAACGGGCCGGGCCUGGACGCCAACGGGAACCUACUGCAGCCGCUGGCAGCUCACCGCAGAGAUUCUUCUCCAGCUCCCGGAGAAAGCCAGGACGAAGUAUUACGGAGGCGUCAUGGAGACAAAGAGAAAAUCUUGGAGGAGCAGCGGCGGCUGAAGCGGGAACAGGAAGAGGCCGACACGGCGUCCAGGAGGCACACCAGCGUCGUGCCGACGCACCACCAGUUCAUCACCAACGAGCGCUUCGGAGACCUGCUCAACGUCACCGAUAACACGGAGAAGAGGAAGUCAGGCGUGGAGAGAACUCCUGCCAUGGCUCGCUUUGACUUCAGAGCAGAAACUCUAAAGGAAUUACCAUUUCAAAAGGGAGAUAUUGUAUAUAUCAUUCGACAAGUGGAUCAAAACUGGUAUGAAGGUGAACAUCAUGGACGCGUUGGUAUUUUCCCCCGAAGCUACGUGGAGCUUCUUCCCCCGACAGAGAAGGCUCAGCCGAAGAAAAGCGCCCCGGUGCAGGUCCUGGAGUACGGAGAGGCCGUCGCCCGCUUCAACUUCAACGGGGACACGGUGGUGGAAAUGUCCUUCAGAAAGGGAGAGAGAAUCACGCUGAUCCGCAGAGUGGACGAGAACUGGUAUGAAGGCAAAAUCUCAGGCACCAAUCGCCAGGGCAUCUUCCCCGUCACCUACGUAGAGGUCAACAAAAGGCCGCGGGUGAAGAACGGGGUGGAGUACCCCGACCCGCCGGUCAGCCAGUCGCCGCAGCGCAGCAGCAACGCGUCUCCCCUGCUGUACCGUAACCGUCUGACCACCUCGCCCCUGCCGCUCCCCCGCUCCCCCCGCCGCUCCGUGUCCCCGGAGGUCCACGCCAUCUCCUCCGAGUGGAUCUCCCUGACGGUGGGAGGCGGGAGCCCCCCCGCCGCCCCCACCCCUCCCCUGCCGCCGCUGCCCACCGUGUCCUACCGAUGCGGCGAGUACCUGCCCCCGCCGUACUCCGCCAGCCCCGUGCCCCCCAUCACCGGGAGCCCCUAUUACAUCUCCCCCAUGGCCUCGCCGGCCGCCUCCCCGCUGCCGCCGCCCUACCCGCCCAGGCCCGGCUCCGCCACGCCCUUCGUCACGUUCACCCCGCCGCAGGGGGAGGACUUCCUGCUGUCCCCGCCCUCGCCGCGGCUGUCGCGCAGCGUGAGCCCCUGCGGCGGGCCUGUGCUGGAGGGCUGGCUGCGGGGGGAGAAGGACCUGACAGAGGGGGAAGGCGCGGAGGGGGACAGGGGCCGCUCGGCCCCGGGCAGCAGGCAGAAUAGCCCUGCAGAGAACAUGAAAAAUGACGCCGACCACCAUGGACGGAGCUCCAGGAGCCCUGUGAUGCUCUUCGACAUCCAGGAUAACAACAACGUGAACUCGUUCGCGGAAGCAGUGUGCAAUGAGAUCUUGAAUAUAGCUGAGACCUCGGUGAGGUACUGCAGCACGCUGUCCCACCUCCAUAAUGACUCUCUCCAUAGACUGCACCCCCACCCCAGUAAACAAUCUCUCAUCAUUUCCCAGCAACCCCAGUCCCACAGCAGCAGCCCGGAGCCGAGCCGUCUCAGCUGCGGAAUUUUCCAGGCUUUGUACAGUUAUGUGCCGCAGAAUGACGACGAGCUGGAGCUGCAGGAGGGGGACCUCGUCAACGUCAUGGAGAAGUGCGACGACGGCUGGUUCGUCGGGACAUCAAAGAGGACGAAACAGUUUGGGACUUUCCCCGGGAAUUACGUGAAGGAGGUGAAACUGUAGAAGACGUCUGAUCUGGCUGAAACACACGGUUGUCUGUCCUGCUUGGGAAGUCCUUACUAUCGCGCGUGGCUGUCGGUUAGAGUAGCGGUUUAGAGCCGGGCGGGCGUCUGGUCUGGGAAAGUGAAAAAGCUGGGCCUGAGGCACGUGGAACUGCGGCGAGGCGAGGAGGAGGACGGCCCGCUGCCCGCGCCUCCCCACGGCGAUCUGCACCUCCAUCUCGUUUUCAAGCGCUUCUUCUCCUCACGUGGAAGUCCUCCGCCAACCCUCCCCGCACACCCCGCCGCCGUCGAUCAAACGGCGGCUCCCGUUAGCGUCCGCGUGGUUCUGCAGUACGCGAGUGUUUCCGUAGCACCUCGACCCGGAGGCCUGGCAGCCGAGCCGCGGACGGAUCACAGAGUGGACCUUUAGUACCUGAACUGGAUCUUGGAGGAGUCACAACGUUUGUUUUUUUGUUUGUGUGUGUGUGUGUGUGUGUGUGUGUGUGUGUGUCAGCUACCUUUCAGGACCAGACAUGUUUAACAAGGUCCGGAAAGUUUCAUCAUGCAAAACAAAACAAUUGAGUUUGAAAAAGAUUCAUUUUGUUUUUUUUAAAAUUCACCAGUUAAGAGUUAAGAAAGGUGCAUAAACUCUCUAAAGUCGAAAUCUUUUUAAGCCUGAGUUUAAAAAAAAAAAAAGACCUUUUUAUUCAUUCAGCUUCCAUAUAACUCAGCCAGUAUUGGGUGCCUCUGAAACAGUUUCCUUAAAGACGCCAGAUCAGUAUUGCCUUCAUUCCCCAUCCAAAGGUUGCCUCACAGAUAUUAAGACCACAGUCACGUGUGUGUGUGCUUGUGUGUGUGCGUGUGUGUGAAAACACUAAAAAUCAAGCUGCAACAUGUGUUGUAAGCUUCUCAUUUUCUCUCUCUUACCACAGCAAAUACAGAACGCUGUGUUGCUUCCCUGGUGUGUGUAUAUAGAAAAUUAUAUAUAUUUUCAACAGAUAUGUAUUUGGUUUUUUUUUUUCAUACCUCUUUGAAUGGAAACAAAGUGAUGCCUUUAAGGUAGCUGGUGGCUGACGCCUGGCUCUCUGAGCGACCGCCGGACAGACGUGGUAGCACUUAACUCCCCGCUGAAGGACGAUCCCACCUAACACCGCGACAGACGACAAGUCCGUGACGACCACAAGCUGUUCAAUAUUUAAAAUGAAAAGCCAACGAGGUGUCUUACCAUGUGAUUUUUACAGAGCGUACUGAGAUUUUAACCCUUCCCCACUCUGAUACGAUUGUAUAUGUACAUGUGAAUGCCUCCAGACGACUUCACCCCGCCUUCCCGGUGUAGUGUCAGCAUGCGGCGUAGGCUCGGAGCAUGAUGCACCAUCAGCCUCAGCUUGAAGGACACGCGGGCGCUGACGGGGUUAAUGCUGCUCUGCGAGUUCUAAUCGCUCCCCGACGGAAGGUUUCCUUUGAACCGCGCUAUCAAAGCAUCGCGGCCGUCUUCCUGCACAAAGCUCCCUCGUCCACGCAGAUCCUCUGCGACGAUCGCCGCUGCCUUCCUUCGCUCGCGUUUCUCCUCAGAUUCCCUGCUGUCGUCAUUCUCCGCGCCGUCCUCAAUCAAUCCUUUGCACAGCUGUCGAGUAAUGCUUGUUAUGACCUGCUCAGAUCAGCAAGUAGCGUGUAGUCUGUAGUCUGUAGGCUCAAGGAGUCUUUUAAAGACUUAGUUGAUUAUUUCCCUGUUGAUACAGUUCUAAUCCAAAGGUGCCAGACUAUCAUUUGACCUACCUGUGAGUGUAGCUCUUUACGACCCACAAUCGGAAACGCAAAGCGAAGCGGAUACAGACCCAAACGUGGAUGUCAGCCUGGCCGUCACACACCUCCUACAUGGAGUGUGAUCACUGAUGAAGAGCAUUAAUUCAGGUUUUCCUCGCCGUGCGGAUCGCCCCUGACCAUUUUGCCAACGUCAGCAAAACAAUAUGCUCUCGACAAGAUAAAACACGUAACACAAUACACUGCAUUGUGGGUUUGCCUGUACAGCACUGAUAAUACUGUUGUCGUAUCUGGUUUCACCGCAGAAGCAUGUUCUUUCCCCCCGGCUGCUGUUCCUGUGUAACAAACAGCUUCUCUUGAAUGUGUAGAUUGGUUGGGACUCUGUUGACCUUUAGCCUUGUUAAAAUAGUUUUUCUUUCUUCCAUGGAGAGAGAGAGAGAGAGGGCUCUGCUCCAUGUCGGAGGGGAAAACAGCCAUCGUGUGCUCCGCGAAACAUCACCGGAUGUAUGAAUGUAUGAAAAUCUGAAUGUGGUGCAGACAGCGUGCACAGCAAACCGUCAGGAAUUUCGCCUCCUAUCAACACGAGCGGCACAAGAAGGACUGUAAAUAUGUAAAUUAAGAAAACAGACCGCGAGCAGCGGGAGCGUCGCACGGCGCCCUCCGUCUCUGGUUUGCCUGCAGGUGGUUUUUGGAAAAGCACAGAGCAGAGCGUUACUGAGCACACACACACACAGUUUGACGCAUACGAACAUUUACGCUGCCAUUUGUGACCGUCAUAAUGCCUCAUGUUAGAUGCAAAACCGUGCCUCAUUUUCAGUCUUUUUUUUUGUUGUUGUUGUUUUGUUUGUUUUUGUUGUUUUGGGAGUAUCACCAAAAUGUAUUCAUGACAUGUUUAAUGUAACCACGGUUUUCCCGUUAGUCCUAGCCUCCGCCAACGGGAGAACUUCUACUAAGGACGUGUCUGUUUCCGUACAAGUACCUAAAAGUGUGACACAAUAAUCCUGAGAAUGGACUAGUUUGAUGAGACGCACAACCUGCAACAGGUUUGGUUUGUUUGCUUCAAUUUGCAGUGCUGUUACAUUGACAAUAAUAAAAUAAAGAUACUAUAUACACUGCUGUGACUUCGGUAUUAUGCAAUAUUUAAUAAACAAUUUAAAACUU